CAACACCUGACACCAUCUGAUUGUCAGUCACUCCAAAUCCAACGAAUCACAGUAACUCCACCCAGAACCAGCAUUUCUAUUCUUCUCGAAUACAAUUUGUUUGCUUUUUAUUACGCUUAUCCACCUUGAUAAAGCCGAACUACAACAUUAUUUAUCACACACUUCCUUUCAUUUUCCCAACUCUAAGAUUAGAAGCAGCAAUGGACUUUGCGCUAAGGAACACAGGCUUCGAUUCAACCAUGUUGGAUGUGCUGCAUGAACUCCUAGAAAUCGGUGAUGAGGCUGAAAAACCUCAUCACGGUCCAUCACGCGCUUACCUACGUGACGCAAAGGCCAUGGCAGCUACGCCAGCAGACGCUAAAGAGUCGCCGAAUGCAUUCAUUUUUGUGAUAGACAUGCCGGGGCUGAAGGCGGACCAAGUAAAGGUGCACGUUGAGGAUGGGAAUAUUCUGGUGGUGAGUGGAGAGAGGAAGAGAGAAAGAGAGAAGGAGCAAGGAGUGAGAUAUAUGAAAAUGGAGAGAAGGCUUGGCAAGUAUUUGAAGAAGUUUGUGUUGCCAGAGAAUGCAGAUAUAGAGAAGAUAUCAGCUACGUACCAGGACGGGGUCUUGACUGUGACCGUGGAAAAGAAACCGCCGCCGGAGCCGAAGCAGCCGAAGACCGUGGAGGUGCGAGUCGCUUGAGAGAGAUACAAGCAAGUUGGGUGCAUGCUUGCAUGUUUUAAAGUAGUUGUAAAGUACGUACUACAGGUUUUUAUUACUACCUAAAUAACGGUUUUCUUGGUCCCUCCAGUUCCUCUGGAGAUUCUGCCGUCUGAAUCUUAAAAAGAAUGGUUAAAAGGUCUGUGUGUGUGUGUGUGUGUGUGUUUUAUCUUGUAAAUGAGUUCUUGAGUUAUGAAUGAAUGUGUCAUGUUUCUGCUAA